AUGAGCACCCAACCUCGGGGCAGCCGUCCCGGGCCCCUCGACUCCAACUCGGGGCAGCUGGGCCCGGGCCCCUGGACUCCAACUCGGGGCACCCGUCCCGGGCCCCUGGACUCCAACUCGGGGCACCCGUCCCGGGCCCCUGGACUCCAACUCGGGGCACCCGUCCCGGGGCCCUCGACUCCAACUCGGGGCACCCGUCCCGGGGCCCUCGACUCCAACUCGGGGCACCCGUCCCGGGCCCCUGGACUCCAACUCGGGGCACCCGUCCCGGGCCCCUGGACUCCAACUCGGGGCACCCGUCCCGGGCCCCUGGACUCCAACUCGGGGCACCCGUCCCGGGCCCCUGGACUCCAACUCGGGGCAGCUGGGCCCGGGCCCCUGGACUCCAACUCGGGGCAGCUGGGCCCGGGCCCCUGGACUCCAACUCGGGGCAGCUGGGCCCGGGCCCCUGGACUCCAACUCGGGGCAGCUGGGCCCGGGCCCCUGGACUCCAACUCGGGGCAGCUGGGCCCGGGCCCCUGGACUCCAACUCGGGGCAGCCGUCCCGGGCCCCUGGACUCCAACUCGGGGCCGCUGGGGGUCAGUGGCUCCCGCGACCACUCUGCAGGCUGGGGUCGGAGCGGCAUGGCUCCAAGCGGCCAGGGCAGGAGCCCUGGCGCAGUGGGGGGCGCGGGCCUCGAGCGGGGAACGCUGGGGACGGUGUCGGGCCUGGGUUCGAGCCCCCACGGCGGUCGGCCCUCCUCCGGCGCGCGCCAGCUGCGUCCGGGCCUCCCGGACGCCCUGCAGAGGCCGCCCUGCCCGCCGUGCUCCCGGCGACGGCGAGACCGGCCAGAGAGAGAGGCAGGGCGCGGGGCUGGGGUGCCAGGCCCGUCCGAGCGGCCGGCAGAACGGAGCGAGGGCCGAGGGCGCGGGGCUCCGGCCUGGGCGGGGGCCGGCACGCGGGGACGGGGGGAGGAGGGCGGACGGCACGCGGGGACGCGGGGAGGAGGGCGGACGGCACGCGGGGACGCGGGGACGAGGGCGGACGGCACGCGGGGACGCGGGGACGAGGGCGGACGGCACGCGGGGACGCGGGGACGAGGGCGGACGGCACGCGGGGACGCGGGGACGCGGGGACGAGGGCGGACGGCACGCGGGGACGCGGGGACGAGGGCGGACGGCACGCGGGGAGGGAGGCGCGGAGGGGAAGGAGGGCGGGCCGAGGGCAGGACCCGCGGCCGCCCCGGUCGGCCCCGCCGUCGGGCCCGCGCCGCGUUGCCCCGGCACGCGCUCACUCACCCCGUGCGCCGCGGGCGUCGGUCUCGCCCCGCGCGGGCCGUGGCGCGGACGCGGCUGCGGACCCGACGCCGGCCGUCGGCCUCCGCGGGGCUCUGCAGCCGGGCGUCCCGGCGUCCGCCCCGGGCUCGAGCCCAGCACGCCGGGGACGGGAGCUCCGCGGGAAGGGAGCCCCCUCGGACCCAGGCGCCUUGUCUCCCGGAGGCAGCGGCGGACGUCGCUGGCCGCGACGCGCACGCGGGCGGCAAGUGCGAACGGCGGGGACGCCGGAGACCGCGCGCUUUAAGUCCCCGACGGGGGCGUGGCUUUAGAGGGCGUGGUUUGGCUGGGGCGUGUCCCGGCGGGGCGGGGCUUGACAGGGCAGGGAGGCGCGCGUGCGCAGAGCGAGCCCGGCGCAGACCUCGCGCAAGCGCCGAAGCGCUUCGUUCCGCUGGCGAGAAGCGUCCAGCUCGGCGCCGGUGGGCCCCGCCGCCAGCCGCUCGGCCGGAGCCCCGCGCAGAGUCCGCAACCCGACCACCGCCGUCGCCAGCGGGGAGAGGGCGGCGCGGGCCCGCCGGGCGGCGGCGACCAGGACGGACGGUGAGCGGGGCCGGGCCGGGAGGCCGGGCGGGGCGGCCGGGCCGGGAGGCCGGGGUCCCCUCGCCCUCGGCCAGGUCCCCGGUGGGCCGGGGCGGACGCGCGGAGGCCCCCGGGCCCCGGGCGGGCAGGAUCGGAGCCCCGGCGUCGCCCGCGGGGGCCGGGCUGCGGCGCCCCGGGCCGGCGCUCCGUCUUGCUCGCACGCGGCCCCCGCGGCCCCGAGCCCCGGCCGGACGCCCGCCUCCGGGCUGUUGGUCUCCGCAGGUGCCGCGCGUCGUGGAUCCGGCCGUGCGAGCGCCCGCCCCGCGGGGAGCAUGCGGGCCCCGGCCCGGGGCGCCCGCGCCCGCGCCGUCUGAGGACCCCGGCCCAGGUAGGCCCCGGCCCCGCGCGGGGCGCGUCCCGGUGAGGCUCUGGCCUGGCGCCGGCCGGGUCUGUGUGCGCGGGUUGUUAGAGGUUCGCGUGGACUCUGAGGCUCCUCGCGCGUUGUUGCAGAUGGGCUGCGUGAUCGCCGGUGCGUGCGCGGCGCCUCGGACGCCGCUGGUCUGCAGCUCCGCUUGA